AUGGAGACUGCAGCAAAGAACACAAAAAGACGUGAAUUUCUGAAACAAGUGGAGCACGAAAUACAAGACCUUUGGGAGAACCAGCACGUGUAUGAAGCCGAAGUUGAUUUGUCCAAGCCAAAGUACUUCAUUACUUUCCCAUACCCUUAUAUGAAUGGAAGACUCCACCUGGGCCACGCAUUCAGCUUCUCUAACUCCCCCCCUUUAAAUUAGAACAAAAUAAGGUAAAUUUUCAUUUUUCGGGCACUUUAACCCCCUUUAAAUAAGAACAAUUUUUUCCAAUUAGAAAAUUUUGUAGGUGAAAACACUCAUUUUAUAAUGGAAAAAAUUAUCCCCUUAAGAUGGUACAGGAUGCUUUGUUAUAAUUUAAAGGUAAAGGGAGUAAGUGUGAGUUUACAGCUCGCUAUCAAAGAAUGCUUGGGAAAAACGUAUUAUUGCCAUUUGGUCUUCAUGUAACUGGGAUGCCUAUUCCGGCCUGUGCCGACAAGCUGAAAAGAGAGCUCAAUGAAGAGAUCAAAGAAGGCGAAAAGCCACCACAGUAUACAGCACUCUACAAAAUGGGAGUUCCAGAAGAAGAAAUCCCGAAGUUCCAAGACGCCAAACACUGGCUAACUUACUUCCCACCAAGAGCUAAGGUUGACUUACACCAGUUCGGGGCUGCUGUUGAUUGGAGACGCUCAUUUAUAACCACAGAUAUGAACCCUUACUAUGAUUCCUUCGUAAGGUGGCACUUUGCAAAUCUGAUAUAUUUAUUUUGAGUGAAUUGCUAUUUAAUUACUUGUGGACUAUUAUUAUAACCCUCUCCCAUGAUAUAGUCCAGGAAACGAAAUAGAUCGAGCUGGGCUGGGAGAAUGCUAACAAAUUGCUCGAGUUGGUUUUCCAAAAAAGUUGACGAAUCAUGGGGAGUUGGCAAAUGGACUCUAUAUAAGGCAUUCGUCAACUCCUCGAGUUGGUAUGCCAACUUUGUUGGAAAACCAACUCGAGAAUUGCUGAGAUUCUCCCAGCUUAUGCCGAUCUAUAUCAAUGUCUAGGCUAUAUUGAGCACAAAAAUUCUUGUUCGUUAACUAAAGGGAUUAAUUCUUUUUAAAUUAAUAUUAAAAUAUAUAAAUAUUAUUUUUUUGCAUUUAAAAUCCAAAUUUAUAAUAUUUCAAAGCAAAAAUAUAAUUUAAUUUAUAAAUUUAUAGUCUAUAACGCUAUAUAUCUAAUAUUUCAUUAUUUUAAUCAUUAAUUAUUGCACUAAAAAGAUUUAUAUUAAAACAAUUUUUUGAUCGUUAAUCAGAGUAGUCAGAGGAAUUAGUUUUCACAAAAAUUUUUUUUAAUAGCUUUACCCGCUAACCAAGCGAGGGCUAAGAAGAUAAAAAAUUUUACCAAUAUUCUUAUAAAUGGGUAUAGAAAAAGACAAAAUUAAGUACGGAAAAAGAUACACAGUUUACUCAAUCCGCGAUGGUGGUCCAUGUGCAGAUCAUGACAGACAAACUGGUGAAGGGGUUGACCCACAAGAAUAUACCUUGAUCAAAAUCCAAGUCCUCCCACCUUAUAAAGGCAGAUUAGCUGAACUAGACGGAAAGAACAUAUUUUUAGCAGCAGCAACACUGAGAACUGAAACAAUGUACGGACAAACAAAUUGCUUCAUUUUACCUGAAGGAAACUAUGGCGCAUUCCUUAUGAAAAAUGACGAAGUCUUUAUUUGCUCUGAAAGAAGCAUGAAGAAUAUGGCUUAUCAAGGACUGACUCAAGCCCAUGGAGAAUAUACCAAACUAUUGGACUUGAAAGGAACUGAAAUUCUAGGCCUGCCUUUGAAGGCCCCUCUAGCUCCAUUUGAUGUGGUUUACUCACUCCCAAUGAUGUCAAUUUCAAUGAAUAAAGGAACUGGAGUUGUAACUAGCGUCCCUAGUGAUGCUCCAGAUGAUUAUGCAGCCCUCAGAGAUUUAAAGAACAAGCCAGCACUGAGAGAAAAAUACGGAAUCACUGAAGAAAUGGUAAAUUAUGAGGUUGUUCCAAUCAUUGAUAUCCCGGAACUUGGUACUACAGCUGCUGUAAGACUAUGUGAAGAGCUCAAAAUUAACUCACAAAAAAAAUGCAAUUAAAAUGGAGGUGUCCUGGUAAGGUUGCUUCCGUCAGGCUCAGUUAAGGGGGUUUAGGUUAUUUUGAGAUUUUAACCUAGAGAUAUUACCCACUGGCACUGGGUAGCGGAAGAAGAAUGUUCUUUGAAUCUAGAGGCGAAUGAAGUUCUAGCAUUCGAAUAAUUGCCAAUCAGUUUGCUCAGGGCAGAAGUCAUAUCUCACAUAAACGCUUCAGACAACAUAAGACGAGUUGUGAAUUAGUUAUCUUACUAACUUUACUCACAAAAUGACAAAAAGCUCCUCGCUGAAGCCAAAAGCAGAGUUUACUUAAAAGGAUUUCAUGAAGGAGUGAUGAUAGUUGGCCCAUAUGCAGGCCAAAAAGUUAGUGUUGCUAAGCCUCUAGUGAGACAAGAACUAAUCCAAGCAGGACAAGCCGCUGUUUAUUAUGAGCCUGAAAGCACUGUCAUGUCAAGAAGUGGAGAAGAGUGCAUUGUCGCAUUACUCUUCCUUCUUAUUAGUGACCAAAACAGCUUGGUUAUAGAGUAAAACUUGUUUCAAUAUAUUUUGGGUAAAAACUAUAUUUAAUAUAUAAUUAAUAAUUAUAAUAAUGGAAUCUCAAGAGUGUUUUAUAAAUUUAAGACAAGUAGUGCUAAAAAUUAAAUUAGAUUUUCAUUUCAUAAUUGAUAAUUUAAUAUCAGCCUAAUUUCAAAAAAGAAUUUUAAUCAAAAAGCCUUGUCGACUCCAAGGGGAGGAGUUAGUAGAUCAAUGGUACUUAGCUUAUGGCGAAGAGCAGUGGAAAACCGCAGUCCAAGAGCAUGUUCAAAACCACUUCAACACUUUCAACUCCACAAUCCACAAAGAAUUUGAAGGAGCUUUAGAAUGGCUAAAAGAAUGGGCUUGCUCAAGAAGCUAUGGCUUAGGCACUCAGUUUCCAAAAGAUCCUACAAAGGUGAUUGAGUCUCUUUCAGACUCUACAAUUUAUAUGGCCUUCUAUACAAUUUCUCAUUGGCUUCAAGGAGGGGUUAUUGAUGGUUCAGUUUGUGGACCAGCUCAGAUACCUCCAGAAAAAAUGACAAGGGAGGUAUGGGACUAUAUUUUCUUAAAAUCUGAUACAUACCCAGAAGCUUCUGGAAUUAGCAAAGAAAUUUUAGCCAAAUUGAGACAGGAAUUCAGCUAUUGGUAUCCACUUGAUUUAAGAUGCUCAGGAAAAGACUUGAUCAGGAACCAUCUCACUAUGAGUCUUUAUAACCAUGCAGCAGUAUGGGACGAUAAGCCAAAUCUCUGGCCAAGAGCUUUCUUCUGCAACGGACAUUUAUUAUUAAACAGCGAAAAAAUGUCAAAAAGCACUGGUAAUUUCAUGACAAUCCAAGACUGUUUGAUUAGAUAUGGAGCUGAUGCUACCAGAAUUGCAUUAGCAGAAGCUGGAGACACAAUUGAAGACGCAAAUUUCUUAGAAUCUACAGCAGACUCAGCAAUCUUGAAACUUUAUACUCUCCACGACUGGAUUAAAGACAAUGUAGAAGUAAUUUCUACAAUGAGAACUGGCGAGAAAACCUUCUUUGAUUCCCUAUUUGAAAACGAGCUGAACAAUACAGUUGAAAAAGCAAGGAAAUUUUAUGAUAAAAUGAAUUUCAGAGACUUACUGAUCACAUCAUUUUAUGAUUUAAUCUCAAGCAAAGAGGACUAUAGGAUUAUGGCUGGAAGUUUCCAUGUUGAUCUAUUUAUCAGAUAUGUUGAGGUUCAAGUUCUAUUGAUGGCUCCUAUAACCCCUCACUUCAGUGAAAGCAAUUGGCAAUUUUUCAAUGAAAAAUUAAACAGAGAAAGAGGCUUGGUCAUUAAUCAGCCUUUCCCAACUCAGACAUUACCUGUUGACCCAGUCCUUCUUAGACAAGGAGAAUAUAUUAAAACAACAUUGAGAAAUGCAAGAUUGGGAAAAGAAAAGGGCUCAAAGAAAGAAGGAGGAGAGCCAAAGAAAGCUGUUGUCUAUGUAAGUGUUGAGUACCCUGAGCUCCAGAGAAAUAUAAUUAGGAUUAUGCAAGAAAUCUAUACAAGGGACGCCAAUGCACCUAAUAGUGCUUAUAUUAACGCAAUAAAGGAAUUAGGACUUCCUAAGGCAGGAUUACAAAAAGCUAUGCAGUUCGCUUCUUUUGCUUAUAGAGAUUAUGAAACAAGAGGAAUUGAUGCUUUUGAGCUGACUUUACCAUUUGAUGAAAAAUCCUUACUGGAAACUAUUGAGCAGUAUGCAAAGAGCGAGCUCGGUCUUGAAGAGUUAUUAAUUCGCUUUUCAAAUGAAGCGAUUCCAGAAGAUAAAUCCCAGCUACGAGAUACUGCUGCUCCAGGAAGGCCUCAGUUCUUCUUCUUUGCAUUUUCUAAAGAGAAGCAAUCUAAAUAA